AUGCGUGGGCACAUUAUAAAGGCAAGAAUGACCAGCACUGGGGAGCGCGAGCUCGGCUGCAACGAACAUCUCCCUGUCCAUGCAGGAACACACGUCUUCGCGUAUCCUCGAUUAAUUGACAUUGGAGAGACAUCCUUAUAUCCAGAAAACUUACCUCCUGAAAAGGUUUUGGAGCUGGAAGACAAAGCUGUCCUCAGUAAUCUGGAGCAGAAAUACUUGACUGUUGUUUCAAAUCCACGCUGGCUGCUGGAACCAAUUCCUGCCAGAGGGAACAGAGGUAUAUGGUACAUAGACAUCCCAGAAGAACUGAUCCCUCCAGAAUCAUAGGAGUUGCUCCAUGCUAUAUUUUUCUUUUCUAAAUAAA